UAUUUUUUAACUCCUCAGAGUCAAAGAGCCCACCAUGAAGCUGUUCUUAGUUCUCACACUCCUCGCGGCGGUUUUCUGUGGAGGUUCUGAAUCCCGCACAGUUGUGGAAUCGCCUGCCCAGAGUAAUGUGUUGGAAGACUUCCAGUCCGACUACCCCGUGGGCGACGCCCGGUGGUGCAUGGACAGGGCCAGAAAGAACAAGUUCGAUCUUAACAGAUUUGAGGUUCUGCCAGGCCUCGGCUGGGACAACCUGCGUAACGUGGAGGCCGGGAUGGUGGUGUCGUACAACUUCACUCAGUGCAAGGUCACGGACGAUGGCCGCUUUCUCAUCCCUGACAGUGUGUUCACGGUGCCAAUCAAGUCUAGCACUGUGCAGUCCUUCGCUGAGGUGAUCGACACUUGGCUCAACACUUCGUCCACGACUUCGCACACUGUGAACGUCCAGGCUAGUCUGUCUCUUUCUAAGUUCGCUGCCAGCGGUUCCUUCUCCUAUGAACACACGCACCUCAAGUCCAAACAGGUGGAAGAUGCGGCUGUGACAGUGAGAGUGCAGCUGCGAUACAGUAGGUACGAGUCAAAACUGCAGCCUGACCCAGUUCUGAGUCCAGGCUUCAAAAGUCGCCUCCUGGAGAUGGCUGCGAGCAUAGAACUGAACAACACUGACCAGGCGCGCUACGAUGGUCAACUGCUGGUCAGAGACUAUGGUACUCCUCUGACAGUAAGACAGACACAAGUUAUAAUAAACAAGUCACCAACUCCUACAUCAAGGCCCACGGAGGUCCUUUGCUUGGCGCUAAUGCCACAGCAGAGAAGUGGAUAGCUGGCGUGGAUUUGAACCUGGUACCAGUGGACAGGGCGGGUGAGCCUCUCUACUUUCUGGUCACAGAACGCAUGCUCCCUGAGCUGCCACGGGGAACGGUCGCCGAGCUGGAAAAAGCCUGCCCUGCCAAUUUCUACGCUCUCCGUCUCUUCACGGACCUUCAAGUCUGCCUCAGCGACGACUUUGAGCUCUCCUCUGGACAGUCGAUGCCUUUUGGGGGAUUCUUUAGCUGCGAUUCUGGGAACCCACUGUCGACGGGUCCUGUCCAUCCGGUUUCCUCCUCCGGCACACUCAAGGCCGACGCUCGUCCAUCCCUGGGUGCCUUCAUGGCCAGCAAUAACGGAAAUGACCACAAGUCCAACCAGAAGUGCCCCCAUGGAUACAGCCAGCACAUUGCAACGACAGUGCAAGGCUGCUCCGUCCACUACUGUAUCCUGUCUGGCUUCCUGUCCGGCCCCCUGACCCCGCCUGUGAAGCGUCCUCCGUACAUUGACCCGCCCUCUGUGCCGGCCGUCGCAGAAGACAACCUCCUCAUGUUUGACCUCAACUCACAGACGUGGCUGAAGAAUGAGAAGGCACGAGAGUACCAGACUGUUCUCAUGACCAAACUCAACGUGGCUUCCCCGGAGGAAGCGGAAAUGAAACUCAGUCAAACAACUGGCGGAAGCGGCUUGUCAGUUGGUGCAGCUGCGGGAAUCUCUGUCGCAGUGACGUUGGCCUGUGUUGCUAUAGCAACGGUUGUCGUUGUGGUUGUUCAGAGGCGGCGCUCCAAAGGGCGGGGAACAUACCGGCGUCUGGUGGAGGAGUCCUUCGAGCCGCGCAGUAACUACGGCUCUGCUGCUCCGGGUUCCUCGGACGUUCCAGGGACGGUUGUCUCCGUGGACUAGAGACACGCCUAAGCUGUGCCAGAAAGUCGAAAGCGAUCAUUAUUAUUGUUGAUGUUGAUAUUGGCUUCUGCAUUCCACCCCAUCAUGGAUUCACCUUCCUCCCCCCCCCCCCCCUCCCAA